CAUUUGUCAGCGCACAGCGUGACAAUAGACAAAGAAUUGCGUGUUCGCACAGUCAUUCAAUUAGACAACAAUGCAGACAACAAAACAAACGACGAAACAAAAACAAUGUAACGUGUAAAAAAUAAAUACAGAGAAAUGAAAAAGCAAAAGCAAUAGUAAUAAAAGAAAAGGAAAACUAAAAGGCAACCGCGUGCUGCGAAAAUAAACAACCUGCACUGGAAAUGCUCAGAGACUCCACCUCCGAAUUGUGUUUGCAAGCAUACUGGAAGUGAAUUGCAAUCGAAUGCUAAGUGAUUGCAGUCUAUCAGCAUGCGCAGAAAAAGGAAAAAUACGAUGAAAUACAAAACUAUGCGAGUCGAGAAGUAAACAAACUGCUGAAUAUUUGGCUACUAAGUGUGUACUGGCAGUUCUCUGUUGGCUACAAAAAUGUUAAGAUCAUGUUCGAUAAUCGCUGAAAUAACGAGACACUAGUCAAAACUCAAUUGUGUAUAAUCGACAAGCAAUAAUUUAACACUCGCCAGUUACAAAAGACUCCCCCAAAGAAUCCAAAACUGAUAACCAACCAUGCCCUUUGGACGCAAGUCACCUUUGGAGGCUCUCGCCCUGCCCGGCGUCAUGCUUGCCUAUAAGUACAGCCAGUUCCGGCAACGCCGUCGGGAGGCAGCUAGUCGACGUGUCACCGAACGGGAGCUCUCUGCGCUGCAUCAUAAAAUUGACAAGCUGUUGAGUAAGCUGGAAGAGGAGAGCGAACCGGAUCCUCCAACCUCACAGGAGGAUGAGUGUGUCAUCUGCAUCAACGCACGUGCCACAAUGCAGACAUCGCCCUGUGGCCAUCGAGUAGUCUGUCGUCGCUGCUUCGUCAAGACCAUACAGAGCGCGGUGGCCCAGCGAUUGCUGCCACUGCGAUGCGUGAUCUGCAGGGCACGGGUGAACAGACUAACGUCAUCAUCGGGCAGCUGGCGCAUACAGGAAUCAGCCAGUAGCUACUCCAUGGGUGCCAAAAGCUGGGCCUCAGCGGGCGUGCACGCCGGCGGCGUGAUCACCUCGGCCAGCUCCUACUCCAUGAACGAUGCGCACAGCGAGCACCAUGCAUUCCAUCAGCCAACGUUGCACACGUCUGCCGCUGCUCGUCAUCACUAUGCAGCGCCACGUGGCGCCCAUGGUCGGGUGUCGCAAUCGGACAGCCUUUACUCGAUGAGCUCGACAGGCUCAGCGGGAUCGAGUCUGUCGGGUUACUCGCAUUAUUCCAAGACGUCUUCCAUAUCGAGCAGCGGACCCUGCUCGCCCGCCUCGCCAGCGGCGAUAACCGGGACAGCUGCUAGUGCCAAUCACCUGGCGCCACCAUCGCCCAAUGCACACCAUCAUCAGCAUCAUAAUCAGCAUCAGUUGAUCUCACCCUCUGGCUCCUCCUCGUGUUCCUCGGCCAGCGUUGGCUCGCUUUCGCCGCGUGACACUGGUGCCCAUCAUUCCCAUCAUGGGGGCUGCCCCAGCGGUUGCUCUGGCGCAGUGCCACGUAAACCGCUGCACAUGCUUAGCAAUUCCACCUCCGCCUCUGCCUCAACAUCCUCAUCCAGCAGCAGCAGUGGCAGCGGAAGUGGUAGUGGUAGCGGCGCCAUGACGCCGUUGCCCACCCAUACCUAUCCAGGGCGGCGACACGUGAAGAGCCGCCUGCUGGAUCUCCAGAAUCGACUGCCACCCAUCAAGGAGUUUCGCAGUCCUGCCAAAGUGCCACAUCCUUCGCCCGUGCACGUCAGUAAUCCACGUUUUCGCUACGCCUCGUAUACGAAGUCAAGCGGCCAUGAGCUGGCACCGCUGCUGCGUGAAUCGGCAUCGCCGCCUCCUCCACGUCGGCCCAGUCCUAUGAAUAUACAAUUGAGCUGCACGGCAUUAGCACCGCCGCCACUCAAAGCGGGCGGCGCCAAGAUUUGCCCGGUAACCUCCAAGAAUUCGCUGCCCAAAAAUGCCUAUGUGAUGCCCAAGGAUAAGAAGCCCCAAAGUGCGGGAGGAGCAGCCAAUAGCAAGGCGCCAGGUAGCAGAAGCGCACCAUUGGGUGGCAGCAACAGUUCCGCAUCGAAGGUCACAUCUGCAGGUGCGUCGGGGAGCUCUGGCGUCAGCUCUGUCGCCGCGGGUGGCAACUGCAAACCACAUUCGAGCGCUUCCAGUCGCAGUUUUCCCUUAUUCUCUAACAGCAGCAAUAGCAGCAAAGAGAAAGCGGACAACAAGAAGAACGAGUCUAUGGAGCGCAAGAAGAAGGAGGAGAAGCUCAAGAUGAAAGCUGAAAAGGAAGCCAGAAAGGAGGAGAAACGGUUGGCCAAGGAGGAGGAGCGUAUGGCCAAAAUACUUGCAAAGGAGGAGAAGAAACGCGGCAAGAAGGAAGCUAAGGAGCUAUUAUUGGCUAACGACGGCAAUAAUAAGAAAUAAAGUUAAUUAAUGUGCAAUGUUUAAGUCAUAAGAAAGAAAAGAAGAAUAUAUUGCAUAUGUAUUAUAUCAGAGAAACACAAACACACACUAACACAUGCAUACAUACCAUAAGUAACGAGCUUGAUUGUAUUUAUGAAUAUUUGUUUAAUUAUCCGUAUAAGUAAUAUGAAUAAAUUAAUUUUCUCAACACAAGAACUAACUUAAAAGAUGAAACACAAACAAAAAAUUGUUUUUUAGUACAACACAUUUAAAGAACAAAUUUUUUGUUGUUUUCUUUAAUAGUUUUAUUUUUAUUAAUAUCUCAAAAAUAUAUUUCAUCAACUUUCGUGACUCUGCUUAGAUACAGAGUCUCAUAAAAAGUUACACUAUUUUAUAAAAUAAUUUUUGAAUAUCAUUAAUACGAGAAAACUCUCAUCUGUCUCAUAAUUUGAAAGGUUGUUUUUAAAAAACAUAGUAUGUACGAAUAAUGAAUAAUAUGUAAACAGUUUAAGCAGUUUAAAGUUUAAACAGAUUCUAAACUUAAGAUUCAAGUUAUACAAUGAAACAAAUAGAAUUCGUUUCAUUCAAUGAUUUCUUCAAUGCCUAAUAGAUUUUAAUACCAAACCAAAUCGUAUCUGAUAUGAAACAGAAGCUAUAUAGCAAAUGGGAGCACCAAUAAUCGGGUUAUACUUAUGUACUUAAGAACUCUUUGAUCCAAUAAAAAAGUAUUUAGAGAACGUUAACAAAUUGUUGAAAGAUUCUAAAGUAGUUUUCAUAUACCUAAACUAUAUAUUACUUAAUUACAAACAUAUAUAUACUAUACUAUAUUAUGUAUUGUACUACAACUACAACAUCUAUAUCUAUAGAAUCUAUAUUGGAAACAGUUCAGAUGCAAACGUAAGCAAUGUGUAUUAAUAA